UACAACAGUAUUAAAAAGCUGUCUUUUCCCCCCAGCAAUUUGAAAUACCAUCUUUUAUCAUUGAUUUCUAUGUGUAGUCCAGUUUCUGGACAUUUCUAUUCCUUUGUCUAUUUGUAUGCCAGUACCACACUGCUUUAAUUAGAGAGACUUUGUAGUACAUUUUAAUAGCAAGUAUAGCCAGUAUCCCCUCAGAGCUCUUACUUUGCUUUUUUCCUUAGCAAUUUUUGUAUGUUUAUUUUGGGUGAUUUGUUUUAUGGCUAUAGAAACCUGAAUAUCUUUCUGUCCUAAGACCUAAUGUGAAUAGAAGUGGAAGGGCCAAGUUUGAAAAGGAAAUGAAAGGAAGGAGCAGGAACCUGAUGUGUGGGACCAGCAUUCAGAGCACAGAUGAAAGGUGUGUUGCUGCUGAUGGUUCUUAAACUCCACUACAUCUAACAGCCUCACAUUUUAAUUGAUGUGGUCUGCUCUGCCCAAAGUAAUAAAGGGAGACAGAGAACAAGGCUGUGCCACCAUUCUUCAGUGCCCUCUGAUAAUCUCUUACUUAGUACUUAAAAUUAUGUUAUACUUAGCUAUUUAGUAGUCAUUUUGUGAUGCUCUCUCAGCUGAACUACUUUUUGGUUUAAGUUCUACUGAGCAGUCCUUUAUCUUCCUCGUGGCCUCCUGAGUUACUAAUUUCUUCUCCUAGUCUAUAAAUUUUAAUUUGGAGUCCAUCAUUCCCAUAAACAUAAGUUGGACCAUAAGUGUGAUUGGUUAUACAUGUCCACCCCAAAGUAUAUAUCUUACUUCCCUUUUAUUGCCUGUUUCUUACUUACAUAUUUGCAUACAGAAUUUUCUGAGUAGGAUUCACAGAAUUUCAGAGUAGUGAUCCAAGAGCCAAAUCAUAGAAUGAGAGGAGAAGAUCCAAAUUUUUACUAAAUCUAAUCACAAAUGUUUCAUUUUUAAGGUUUGGGGAUAACUAACUUACAGCACUUUUUCUUCUCAGUAUGUCAGUAGGUGAAUACUAAAGGAGCAAGUACAGAGUGCCUUCUUGGGAACACAUGAUCCUUGCCUGAGUCCUAAAAUCUGCUUUGGGAAGUUUGCCUUUUCUGAGCCAUGUUUUUUUGUCUGCAGGUUGUGACUACAAUCCAAUAGCCUGACCUUUAAUACUAUAGUAAAUAAUAAAAUAAUAGUAAUGUGCACUACUCACCAAGGGACAGACAUUGUUUUCUGUGCUUUUUUUUUUUCUAACGUGUUACUUAUUAUUCACAACAACCUUAUGCUUUCAUUUUACAGGUGAUGAAACUGCUGUCCAAAGAGGCUAAUUAGCUCUCAGGGUAAUACAGCAAGAUAUUUGAACAUAGGUGGUAUUUCUGUCCUUGGUAUCUGUGAAGGAUUGGUUCCAGGACCCCUAUAGGUACCCAAAUCUGCUGCAGAUGCUCAAGUCCCUUGUAUAAAAUGGCAUAAUAUUUGUAUAUUACCCUGUGCACCUCUUCCUGUACACUUUAAAUCUCCUAGAUUAUUUAUAAUGCAUGAAACUGUAAAUGCUUUGUAAAUCUUUGUCAUGCUGUAUUUGUUAGGGGAAUAAUUAUAAAGAAGAAGGGCAGUACAUGCUCAGAAUAGAUGCAGUUCUGUUUUUCUUAAUAUUUUUAUCUACUGCUGGCUGAAUUUUCAGGUGUGGGAACCUGCAGAUAUAUAGUGCCAACUGUACUUCCUUUGCUUAAUGGUUUGUGUUUUUGCUUCUAAUCUGUGAUGUUCCCUGUGGUUAACUUGUUCAUAAGUCAGAAUGAAAGCUUCAUUCCCUGGCAGGCUAGAGCAUGUUCUUCCAUAUGCAGUUCUUUCUUGACUACCCACUUUCCAGGGUCAGUGUUAUCCUUGGAGGGAAAGUCCAGGAGGCCAAACUAACUCCCAGCAGCUGCAGGUUGCUUUCUUUCUCAUUUCUGCAGUGACUAUCUUCAUGAUUUCAUAACCACAACCAUCUCCCUGACACUUCUACUCAGUGUCACAUUUGAAGAUAGGCACUGAGGAUGAAGAAUCAACAGAGAAGAAUGAAGAUGUUGGAAAUGCAGAAUCUCAGUGGUCAAAAGUGGAAGGUCUUCAUGAGGAUCAUAUGCAGGAAUCUAAUACUGGUGGAACUUAUGAUUGGGACACCAAGGUAGAGAAUCAAUCAGAAAAGCCUGAGUGGAAAAGAAUGAAGGAAGACAGAACUGAUAUGAGAGAAAAGGUUGGCAAAGUGAAGAACAUGGCAAAUAUAAAGACAGAAAAGGAAGAUGAGGCAUCUGAGAAAAGCUUGUACCUAAGCUCAAAGCAGAUCACAUACCAGAAUGUCUCUGCAGAACAAAAUAGCAGUGAACAAGGCAAAUGUGUGGAAAACAUUAAUGGAAACUCUCACUCCAUACUGCAGCAGCAAUCCAGUGCUGUAAAGAAAUCACAUAAAUGUGAGGAGUGCGGGAAAUCCUUCAAAUAUAAUUCCCGUCUUGUUCAACAUAAAAUUAUGCACACUGGGGAAAAGCGCUAUGAGUGUGAUGACUGUGGGGGGACUUUUCGGAGCAGUUCUAGCCUUCGAGUUCACAAACGGAUCCAUACUGGGGAGAAGCCCUACAAGUGUGAUGAAUGUGGGAAAGCCUAUAUGUCCUAUUCCAGCCUCAUAAACCACAAGAGCACCCAUUCGGGGGAGAAGAAUUGUAAGUGUGAUGAGUGUGGGAAAUCCUUCAAUUAUAGCUCUGUUCUAGACCAGCAUAAAAGGAUCCACACUGGGGAGAAGCCCUAUGAAUGUGGUGAGUGUGGAAAGGCCUUCAGGAACAGUUCUGGUCUCAGAGUCCACAAAAGGAUCCACACAGGGGAGAAGCCCUAUGAAUGUGACAUCUGUGGGAAAACAUUCAGUAACAGUUCUGGCCUGAGGGUCCACAAAAGGAUCCAUACAGGUGAGAAGCCCUAUGAAUGUGAUGAGUGUGGGAAGGCAUUCAUUACUUGUAGAACACUUUUAAACCAUAAAAGCAUCCACUUUGGAGACAAACCUUAUAAAUGUGAUGAGUGUGAGAAAUCUUUUAAUUAUAGCUCUCUCCUCAUUCAGCAUAAAGUCAUCCACACUGGAGAGAAACCUUAUGAGUGUGAUGAAUGUGGGAAGGCCUUCAGGAACAGCUCAGGCCUCAUAGUACAUAAAAGAAUCCACACAGGAGAGAAACCAUACAAGUGUGAUGUCUGUGGAAAAGCAUUUAGCUAUAGCUCAGGCCUUGCAGUCCAUAAAAGCAUUCAUCCAGGGAAGAAAGCCCAUGAAUGUAAGGAAUGUGGAAAAUCCUUCAGUUAUAACUCACUGCUUCUUCAACAUAAAACUAUUCAUACAGGAGAGAGACCUUAUGUAUGUGAUGUGUGUGGGAAGACUUUCAGAAAUAAUUCAGGCCUCAAAGUCCACAGGAGGCUCCAUACUGGGGAAAAACCAUAUAAGUGUGAUGUGUGUGGGAAAGCCUACAUCUCACGCUCUAGCCUUAAGAAUCACAAAGGAGUCCAUCUAGGGGAGAAGCCCUAUAAAUGUAGCUAUUGUGAGAAAUCCUUCAACUACAGUUCUGCCCUUGAACAGCAUAAGAGGAUUCAUACAAGGGAGAAACCCUUUGGGUGUGACGAGUGUGGAAAAGCCUUCAGAAACAAUUCAGGCCUUAAAGUACAUAAACGAAUCCACACUGGGGAGAGACCUUAUAAAUGUGAAGAAUGUGGGAAAGCCUACAUCUCACUCUCAAGCCUUAUAAAUCAUAAAAGUGUACACCCUGGGGAAAAGCCCUUUAAAUGUGAUGAGUGUGAGAAAGCCUUCAUCACAUAUCGAACCCUUUUAAACCACAAAAGAAUUCAUCUUGGGGAGAAACCCUACAAAUGUGAUGUGUGUGAAAAGUCUUUUAAUUACACCUCACUCCUUUCUCAACACAAAAGAGUCCACACCAGAGAGAAACCCUAUGAAUGUGAUAGUUGCGAGAAGGUCUUCAGAAACAACUCAAGCCUUAAAGUUCAUAAGAGAAUACAUACUGGGGAGAAGCCCUAUGAGUGUGAUGUGUGUGGAAAAGCCUACAUCUCACACUCAAGCCUUAUUAACCAUAAAAGUACCCACCCUGGCAAGACACCCUAUACAUGUGAUGAAUGUGGAAAAGCUUUUUUCUCAAGCAGAACUCUUAUAAGUCAUAAGAGAGUCCAUCUUGGGGAGAAACCCUUCAAGUGUGUUGAGUGUGGGAAAUCUUUCAGUUAUAGCUCACUCCUUUCUCAACACAAGCGGAUCCACACAGGGGAGAAACCCUAUAUAUGUGAUAGGUGUGGGAAGGCAUUCCGGAACAGCUCAGGCCUCACAGUGCAUAAAAGGAUUCACACAGGGGAGAAACCCUAUGAAUGUGAUGAGUGUGGAAAGGCAUACAUCUCACAUUCAAGUCUUAUUAAUCAUAAAAGUGUCCACCGUGGGGAGCAGCCCUUUAAUUGUGAGUGUGGGAAAUCUUUCAAUUAUAGAUCAGUUCUUGACCAACACAAAAGGAUCCACACUGGAAAGAAGCCAUACCGAUGCAAUGAGUGUGGGAAGGCAUUUAAUAUCAGAUCAAAUCUCACUAAGCAUAGAAGAAUCCAUACUGGAGAGGAAUCUUUAAAUGUGACAAAUUUGGAAACUAAUAGUGGCUCAUCCCAGAAGAGAACCUGUGAGGGAGGUAAUGUGUUGGAUGGGACCAGGAUGAGGAUGCCUCUGUGGGAAGUAGACCUUACCAAAUCUCAAAGAACUCAAAUGGAAGAAAAACCUUACGAAUGUAAGAAUUUCUGAGGUCCUUAUUCAUGGCUUACAGUUUUCAUAGUAUAAAUGAAAUUAUUCUAGAUCAUGAGUAAUAUUUUCUGUGUAGUUUUCAAUCAUAGCCAGCAAGGAAGGCUCCAUUGUCAGGAUAGUAGAGCCCUUUUGCAAUAUAAAAUAGAUCACACUGGGGAUAAAAUGUAUCAAAGUGAUGAAAUAUUCUUAAAAUUCCCAAAAUACCAGACAUUUCUGGACAUAAAUAUACAGACAAGGAAAGGACUUCAAUUAUAAAUCUCACAGUUGCUAUCAGAAAGUUCUUAUUUGGGUAAAUGAUAUGAAAAGAAAUGUAAGAAAUUCAGGCAUAACUGAAUCCCAAUUGUACUUUGGUCAGUGGGGGAAAAAAAUCCAAUAAGGGCCUCUAGCAGGCAAAUUCAGGGAGAGAAAGACUUCAGGGAAUAAAAAUUUAUUAAUUAGUGAUCAUGAAUUAAAUUUUUUGAUUAAUUUUUUAUUAAGAAGAUGGAUAAAUGCCAUCUUCUGAAACAAACUUUAGAUUUCUUUGUAGGAAAAGUUAAAAAACAUAGACUGUUGAAAAAUCUAAUAGGAAUAGGAGAGACCCAGAAAUGCAAAUUGAUUGGAAUAUGCUGUUGUAAUACACUAGUUGAAAGGGUAAAACUUUUUAGAUUUUCAAAUGAACCCCCUCAAUGAAUGUGUGAUGAGUGAAAGCCUGAAAUGUGGUAUUCACACAUUAUGCUACAUGAAAGGUUCCAUCAUGUAGAGGAUUUCUGCAUCUUUAAUGGAACACAUCUUCAAUGUGGAUUUGCACCUUACCAAAAAAAAAAGAAUCAUUCAGGGAUUCCUAUGAAUAGGAAUGUUGGGAAGGAGGCAUUUUACUGCAAAAGCUGAAAAGCUAAGUAGCUACCAGUAAAAGGAGAGAGGAGGAAAUUAUGUCUUUUAAUAAUCUCGUUAAAUGUUUGUUUUAGAAUGUGUUGUAAAGAUUUCAUGCACUAAACAUGUAUGCAUAUUCUCUUGUAAAAUACGAAUACUGUGUUCAGGGCUCACUCUGCCAUAAAGGCCAGAUAGUUGUGGUGAAGUAAAGUGGAACUUUAAUAAAGAAAUUCCUCAAAU